AACAAUGGGGUUCUGGGUACUAAUUCUGUCUUCUUUAACCACAUUAUUAUUUCUUUCUCUGUUUUUUUUUUCCCUUCUCAGUUCCUUCCAUGGCGGGUUUUCUUAUUUUUUUGCUAUUUCCGUUUCUUCUUCCUGUUGAUGAUGCCGACAGGCUAAGUUCGUGCUUCUCCUGCGGAGGGUUUAUCCAAUGCGAACCGACCCAGUACAGCUGAGGCAGUUCUUCAGUGAAGAAAUACGGCAGCUAACGGCGAUCGAGCUACAAAGAAUCUGGAUGAGGCAUCAAACAGCGCCUCCACAAACCCGCAGUAAUGAUCAAGAAAUGGCGUCGGCGGAAACACCUUCCAACCCGCUUCCGUUUAUGCCUACGUCACAAAGUACUGUACCGCCGUCGUCCUACUUCACCGGCGAAACCAGUGCCGCCGGGAGCACAAGAGCAGCAGCAAAGGAAACGGACGAGGCGGGCGCUGGGAAGAGCAAGGAAGCUUGAAAUGCAGACAGACAGAAAGAUUCAUACCCAUCAGUCCACUGGAUCGAUCUACUACCUGAAGAAACAGAGGCUUGCUCU